AUGGGGUACGAGGGAGACGCGACUGGAGUGACCAACGCGAAGAAGAUGAGGAUUGCUGCGUCUGUAAGCUCCAUCUUCAAGCAUGCCGACGUCGCGGAUAAGUGGUUGAUGGCGCUGGGGUUUCUUGGGGCGGUCGGCGACGGCGUCUCCACGCCGUUUGUGCUGUUCCUGUCUAGCCGCCUCAUGAACAACAUCGGCGACGCGCCGUCCCUGGACGAAGGCCAAUUCGCUCAUGUCAUCAACAAGAAUGCAUUAUCCCUGGUCUGGGUGGCUUGUGGACUAUUUGUCGCUGCUUUUCUAGAGGGAUAUUGCUGGACGAGGACGGGAGAGAGGCAAGCCUCGAGGAUGAGAUCCACGUACCUGAGAGCCGUGUUGAGGCAAGACGUGGGCUAUUUUGACUUGAACGUCACGAGCACGUCCGAGGUCAUCACGAGCGUCGCCAAUGAUACGCUCGUGAUUCAAGAUGCUCUUAGCGUUAAGGUGCCAAACUUUGUGAUGAACAUAUCCACAUUCAUUGGGAGCUACAUAGCAGCAUUCCUGCUCCAGUGGAGACUAGCCCUUGUGGGCUUUCCCUUUGUGGUGCUCUUCAUAGUCCCUGGCUUAAUCUAUGGGAGGACUCUGAUGGGACUAGCAAGAAGAGUUGGGGAAGAGUACAACAAGGCGGGCACAAUUGCAGAACAAGCCAUAUCCUCCAUCAGAACAGUUUAUGCCUUCGUGGGUGAGAGCAAGACCAUGAGUGAUUUCUCUGGAGCACUUGAAGGGUCGGUCAAAUUGGGGUUGAAGCAGGGCUUGGCCAAAGGCCUGGCCAUUGGGAGCAAUGCGGUUGUAUUUGGAAUUUGGGCCUUCAUGGCUUACUAUGGUAGCAGAAUGGUCAUGUACCACGGCGCCAAAGGCGGUACCGUUUAUGCCGUCGGAGCCGGCUUAGCCGUCGGAGGAUUAGCGUUCGGCACCGGUUUAUCAAAUUUGAAGUACUUUACCGAGGCAAUCUCCGUAGUGGAACGUAUCACGGAGGUGAUCAAUCGAGUCCCCAAGAUUGAUACCGACAACUUGGAAGGGAAGAUCGUGGAGAAAGUUUCCGGUGAAAUUGAAUUCAAGCAUGUGGUGUUCGCGUACCCGUCGCGGCCCAACAACAUCAUCUUCGAAGACUUUUGCUUGACGGUACCGGCAGGAAAGUCAGUUGCUCUCGUGGGUGGCAGUGGGUCAGGGAAAUCUACGGUCAUCUCCUUGUUGCAAAGGUUUUAUGAUCCUUUCAACGGAGAAAUCCUUCUGGAUGGAGUUCCCAUUGAUAAGUUGCAGCUGAAGUGGCUAAGGUCACAGAUGGGCUUGGUAAGCCAAGAGCCAACAUUAUUUGCCACCACCAUAAAGGAGAACAUCCUCUUUGGUAAGGAAGAUGCCACCAUGGAAGAGGUAGUUGAAGCAGCCAAAGCUUCCAAUGCUCAUAAUUUCAUCUCUCAAAUGCCUCAGGGAUAUGAAACACAGGUUGGUGAAAGAGGCAUUCAAAUGUCUGGAGGACAAAAGCAGAGAAUCGCCAUUGCAAGAGCUAUAAUCAAAUCCCCUCGAAUUCUCCUCCUUGAUGAGGCAACUAGCGCUUUGGACUUGGAAUCGGAGAGGAUCGUUCAGGAAGCCCUUGAAAAAGUUGCUGUUGGGCGAACAACUGUCAUCGUUGCUCAUCGGCUAUCCACCAUCCAAAAUGCCGACAUCAUUGCCGUCAUCCAAAAUGGCCAGGUGAUGGAAACCGGCUUACAUCAAGAAUUGAUCCAAUGCAAAGAAGGCAUAUACUCUUCCCUCGUGCAUCUUCAACAAAUGGAAAGCAAGAAAACUCAAGACGAAGCUCAGGUCACAUCCACAAGGUCACCGUCCUCUCCUAAGAUCGAAUCUACAAGGUAUCCUACUGCCUCCGUCUUCGGCUCAGCUGAUGAUGCGGAAUCAACUCAAAUAUCAACAGAGAGAGGGAACACAAGAGAAGGCCAGACAUUUCAAACUUUGUUGCUUCGAAGAUUAUUAGCUUUCAGUCACCCAGAAUGGAAACAAGUAGCCAUGGCAUGUGUUAGCGCUGUCUUGGGUGGUGCCAUUCAACCAGUGUUCGCGUUCGUGAUGGGGUCGAUGAUAUCGGUCUUUUUCCUAACAGACCAUGAUGAGAUUAAGGAGAAGACAAGGACAUAUACAUUGUGCUUCACGGGGUUCUUCGUGUUCUCAUUGAUGAUCAACAUGUCUCAACACUACAAUUUCGCCUAUGUCGGGGAGUAUUUGACUAAGAGGAUCCGCGAGAUGAUGUUAGCAAAGAUUCUCACUUUCGAGGUUGGUUGGUUCGAUCAAGACGAGAACUCGAGUGGUGCCAUUUGCUCUAGACUUGCCAAAGACGCCAAUGUGGUGAGAUCCUUAGUAGGUGAUCAAAUGUCUCUCCUUGUACAAGCCAUCUCAGCAGUAACCAUAGCCUGCAUAAUGGGACUAGUGAUUGCAUGGAGGCUUGCCAUUGUCAUGAUAGCCAUCGAGCCACUCAUCAUUGUCUGCUUUUAUGGAAGAAAGUCCCUGCUCAAGGGCAUGUCACAGAAGGCCAUUGAAGCGCAAAAUGAGUGCAGCAAGUUAGCUGCCGAAGCAGUGUCCAAUCACAGAAUCAUCACUGCCUUCUCUUCCCAAGAAAGAAUCCUGGAGAUGCUGAGGAAGGCCCAAGAAGGCCCGCGGAGAGAGAACGAGAGGCAGUCGUGGUUUGCUGGGGUCGGGCUUGGUGCAUCCCAGAGCCUUACCAAAUGCACAUGGGCUUUUGACUUCUGGUACGGCGGGAAGUUGGUUUCGCAGGGCUACGUCACAUACAAAGAGGUUUUCGAGACGUUCCUGAUUUUGAUCUCCACCGGGAAGGUCAUUGCUGAUGCCGGAAGCAUGACCACCGACAUUGCCAGUGGCUCGGACGCGAUGAAGUCUGUCUUCACCAUCUUGGACCGUGAAACGAACAUCAAACCUGCCGACCCGCGAGGCCUCAAACCUGAAAAGAUAUCAGGACAUGUCGAAGUUCGUGAUGUGGAUUUUGCUUAUCCAGCUAGGCCCGAUGCGAUGAUCCUAAGGGGCUUCUCCAUCGAUAUUGAGGCAGGGAAGUCGACGGCCUUGGUAGGCCAAAGCGGGUCCGGGAAAUCGACCAUCAUUGGCCUGAUCGAGAGAUUCUACGAUCCACUCCGAGGGACGAUCAAGAUCGACGGCCGAGAAAUAAGAUCAUACCAUCUCCGAUCUCUGAGACAGCAUAUCGCCCUGGUCAGCCAAGAGCCGGCUCUAUUCGCGACCACUGUAAAGGAGAACAUCAUCUAUGGAGUUUCCCGAGCAGUCGAUGAGACAGAGAUUGUCGAAGCUGCCAGAGUGGCAAACGCCCACGGCUUCAUCUCGGGACUAAAGGACGGGUACGGCACCUGGUGCGGCGACAGGGGCGUGCAGCUCUCCGGCGGCCAGAAGCAGCGCAUCGCCAUAGCCCGGGCCAUACUGAAGAACCCGAGCGUGUUGCUGCUGGACGAGGCGACAAGCGCGCUCGACGGGCAAUCGGAGAAGAUGGUGCAAGAUGCAUUGGAGGGCUUGAUGCUGGGCAGGACCAGUGUGGUGGUGGCUCACAGGUUGAGUACCAUCCACAACUGCGAUGUGAUUGCAGUGUUGGAGAAGGGCAAAUUGGUGGAGAAAGGGACUCACUCUUCUUUGUUGGCCAAGGGUCCUGGAGGAGCUUACUACUCUCUAGCCACCUUGCAAAUGGCUCCUAACAAUGCUGUGUGACAACUUGAAUAUUAGUCCACAAUGUUGACUAUAUUUUCUUUUUUAAUGCAAGAACUUGCUGUAAUCAUCUGAAGUAUAGAGCUUGAUACUUUGCAUCUUCUUGUUCUCUUAAUGUAACUCAUCGUUUGGCGUCUGUAGCAGGAUUAGUCCUCCUGUUUGUCUUCAUUGUCAGUUAAAUUCGUUAUCUAUCGGAAUGCAUUUUACCGAA